UACUUUCGCAUUCUUUUGCUGAUCUCAGAGAAGAAAUCGAAAAGGAUUAUCUCUUGAAUUCCUUUCCAGCAACUAUUAGAGAUCAAUCUUUAAAGCCCCCUAAAAAGGGAGGCCAACAUUUAUGGGUUGCGAAAUACGCGCCAACCCGUUACACGCACUUAAUAAGUGAUGAGUCGGUCAACCGCGAGUUACUGCUUUGGCUCAAGCAGUGGGAUCAGUGUGUGUUCCGCAAGGAAGUUAAAUCCGUCGGAGCUGAGCUGGAAUGGGAAAGAAAAAAGAUCCUUGGGCCUUCUACAACCCAGCCCGAUCCUCUCUGCCGCCCGUUUAAAAAAAUCCUUUUGCUGUGUGGGCCGCCCGGUCUUGGCAAAACCACGCUGACGCAUAUAGCAGCGAAGCAUUGCGGUUACCACGUGGUUGAAAUUAACUCGAGUGAUGAUCGAAGCCCUGAAAUUUUCAAGAGCCGAAUCAAAGCCAUCACCGAAACUAACUCCGCAGUGGACACGAAAAAGCCAGUUUGCCUUAUUCUGGAUGAAAUUGAUGGCGCUCAUCCCCAAUCCAUCUACACUUUGAUUCAAAUAAUUUCCUCUAACAAAAAAAAAGAAAGCAAACUGCUUCGACCAAUACUUUGCGUUUGCAAUGAUUUAUUUUCGCCAUCUUUGAGGCCGUUGCGACCGAUUGCGCACAUCCUCGUUAUGAAAAUUCCCACAGGACUACGACUUGAGAGCCGUCUGCGUUUCAUAUGCGCCAGGGAGCGUAUCAGAGCUGAGCCUCAAGCUUUAGCCAAACUUUGCAAGUUGGCCAACUAUGAUCUUCGCUUUUGCUUAAAUACUUUACAAAUGCUUAAGAAAAAAGGCAAAGUUUUUAAUUCGGAGAUGCUCAGUAGCGUGUGUUUCGGCCAGAGGGACCACCGACUUUCCCUUUUUGAAAUUUGGGAAAAAAUUUUCCGCAAGGAGCGCGGUGGUGCUCCCGAUAUCACGGCAGUUUCUGCCGUACAAAGCGUUAUUGAAAAUCUUCACGAUCACGAAAGAAUCUUUCUAGGCUGCUUUGAAAACUACUUGACGGUGAAUUUUUCUGAUCCGAGCUUUUCCAAGAUCAACCACGUGUUGGAAUGGGUCGCUUUUUAUGAUAUUCUGGAAGCUCAAGCGACCCGGAAAUCGGACUUUUCUCUUAUGAAAUUCCUCGUCUUUCCGUGUUUUGCAUUCCAUCUCUACUGCAGCGCGCACGGCCGGCCGAGAUUAAAUUUUCCUGCAUCUUUUUACGAGAUGAACAAAAAACACGACGACCUGUACAGUUUACUUUUACAAGCCAGAAGCACUCUUCGCGCUUUUGUCCCUAAUAAGACGUUCGUGCUGGAACUUUGCCCUUUUCUUGUGCAGAUUUUGAAUCCACACAUUCGGCCUUUAAGCUGCGAGUUAUUAAGUUUGUCUGAGAAAAAUGCCUUUUCGCGAGUAGCAGAGCUGCUUUGCCACUACAACAUUGAGUUUGUACCGGUCCACAUGGAUGGCGCUUUCACCUGCGCUUUGCAACCAGAUCUGGAAGUACUCACAUCCUUUCCUGUGGGUGGCCCUCCGCGUAGACGGCUGACCGAUUCCGUUAAGGAGCGCAUUUCUCAGCAGGCUGCAAGCCAAAAGCUUAACAAAACAAAAGCCGGAUUUAUUAUAAAGGAGUAUAAAAUUAACACUGAAAAGCGAGGCGAUAACCUUAAAGUGCCGAAAGAAAUGAAAGAAAGUUUGGAUUAUUUUGGGAGACCUGCCAGCAAUCCAAUUGCAACUAGUAAAAGCACAACUACAGCAUCACUGCAUCCUCAGCGGGUUUCCUACCAGUACUUUCAAGGAUUUACUAACGCUGUAAAGCGUUCUGUUAAAAUUAAAGAUCUUUUAUAA